AUGCCGUUUGGAAUGCCACCCGGGCCUCGUCCUCCACAAGACCAAUAUUUGCGGGAUACCAUCGACAAAAUGGCCGCCUUUGUGGCUAGAAAUGGUCCUGGAGUUGAGGAAACUACUCGGCAAAAACAGAGCGGAAAUGAAACGUUCUCCUUCUUGUACGACCGAGAUCAAUUCAACCCCUACUAUCGAUUUCGCGUAGACAUGGAAUUGUCAUAUCUGCGAAAUGGUCCACCUCCAGCUGGCCCGUCAGGUCCACCCCCUGGACAUCAAAAUUACCCGCCCACGCCUCAACACGAUCAGCAACAUCGUGGCCCACCACCUAUGACCCCCCAGCCCGGUCCAUCAACCUCCUCUCAUCAAGCCAAUCCGGAGACUUCUGCAGCCAGACAACAGAUUGAUGCUUGCCGGGCGGCGAUCAAGCAGAGUGAACAAAAUCUUCAGGCACAACACGAUUCGAUACCCUUGAUCAAAGAUGCCCAACUGCUCCAGGGCGCGAUAGAUGCGGAAAAUUCGAAAAUUGCUACACUUUUACAGCAAGUAAAACUCGAUGUGGCGCCCCUGACGAAUAUGUUGGAGCAGCUGAACGGGAAGGCUUCAAAGGAUGCUGUAGUGUCAUGUAAGAAAUGGAUACUCGACUCCUGCCAAACCGAUCAGCAACGGGAAAUCAUUCUUCUCUAUCUCCAGCAUAGAAUCCGCGAGACGUCGUCAAGUGAUAGCUUCCGAAUCCACAUUUUAUACUUGAUCAACGACUGGGCGCAUCAUUGCCAACGCAAAAAGUUGACCGGACAAACUGCCAUGUUAUCGCGUUACGUCCCGAAAAUGUUUGCCUGGAUUUCGGAGGCGGCGCAAAAUCGGGCUUCGGCCAACGAAAAGCUGGAGAAACUCGUCGGCACGUGGGAGGGGCACAAGUAUUUCAACGAGCAGUGCUUCAAGCAACUCCGCAACCCGUUGCACAUCUAUUCGUCGGAUCGUACUGCGUUGUUGACGGAAAAUCGGGCUGUUUUACAAACGAUCGAAGCCCAGCUGACGGCGAUGCUUUCCGGCUACGAGGCGCAGCACAAUGAGUUUUGCAAGCACCAGAUGAAUCAGAUCAAGAUGCUCGAGGCUCAGAUUGCGGAGGCGGAGCGGCCUGAAGUGCCAAAAUCUCUGCUGGACCUGAAACUUGCGCCGCCGCCCCAAAUGGAUCAACCGCGAAGAUCACGCUUCGAUCAAACAACCGCCAACAGUUUCGCCUCGGAACGUUUCCAGCCAGCGGCAAGAGGUGAAGAACGAUACCAUGGCGAAGAUGAUGAGGACAUUGACGGAAUCGAAUAUAACGAAGAGGAUCUGGUGCCGAAAUGCGAAUACUGGGACACCCCGGCCGCGUUGAUGAAGCCGCGCAUCGAUAUGCACGAAUUUGCGUAUAAACCAAUGGAUCCAAAAGCGAUUCGCCUCGACCCACCCAUAAAGCCUCCGCCAGCCUUGCGCCAUGCGAUGGACAGGUUCUAUGCGGAAGGGCCGGAUACUGCGGCGAGAGAUGGCUGCGGAUGGGAGCUGAACGCCCUGGCCAGCUUCUUCGAACGAAAAGCCCACAUGCGCGCUAUACAAAUGGAGAAGCUAACCGCUGAGGGCAAAACGCUCGAAGAUUUGAUUACGAACAAGAUGACCCAGGAUGAUCUGGACGAGGAGCUGCGCGCCGUUGAACGCGCUCGCAUUGAGGCCAUGGAUGAGGCGGCGGCAAAUUGUCCUCCUCUCUCGUCAUUCAUCCAGAAGAGUGCGGCACCAGUCGCCUUGGGGAUGGACAACAAGGGCGCGCAGCUGAUGGCUAAAAUGGGCUGGAAAGGCACAGGGCUUGGUGCCAAGGAAACGGGCAUCCAAGUGCCGAUCAACGCCGGCGAGGUUCGCGACAAGAACGAAAUGUACAAGGGACUGGGCCAGGGCACCGACAUUUACGAAGACUUUAGAAGCAAGGUCGCCAGCGGGUUUGCCGCCCGAAACAAGCACUACGCCGAGAAGCGUGCCAACCAACAUGGUCGAGACGGUUAU